CUUCAGCUUUACCCAUUUUUUUCCCUCAACGUUUCUAUGACCCACUUUCCGAAACUUAUACAGUCUCUGGCAGCAUACAACACGUAGAUUUCUUCCUCAAAAUGUGUGCAAAAUCUCUACGACUUUUUCACGAAAGUCGCAAACCACCAAGCCAUCGAGGACGCUCGUUCAAACGACCUCGACCCACAUGGGUCGAGGUUAGCGACGAUGAAAGCAGAGGGAGGAGAAGGCAUCCAAAAGUCAAUGGUGUUUCGACUUCGAUGCCAAAUGGCGUACAUAAACCCUCCAAAAAACCUAACGGCUUCGUCAACGGUACCACAGUUGUCCAUAUGGAAGACUCGGCGGAUGUAGCGGUCCCAAGGGUUCCAGUAGCAACGUCUUCCAAGCAUGCUGCUAUACAGGAACAACGGGCGAAUCUACCUAUUGCAAGAGUUUUUUACGAUAGGAAAGGAGGCUCUCCUCAACGAGUUUCGUGAGCACGAUGUUACCGUCCUUUUGGGAGAGACCGGUUCUGGGAAGACAACACAGGUCCCCCAAUAUCUCUUGGAAUCCGGAAUGGCUGGCGAUGGCAUGAUUGCCGUUACACAACCGAGAAGGGUUGCAGCCACUUCGCUUUCAGCUCGUGUUGCCACUGAGCAGAACUCGUCGUUAGGUUCGGUCGUUGGAUACGCUGUUCGUUUCGAUGAGCGCUCCAGCCCUGCAACUCGCAUCAAGUAUCUCACGGACGGAAUGAUCUUUCGGGAGCUCAUGUCAGACCCGUUGUUGAGCAAAUAUAGUAUCAUCAUCGUGGAUGAAGCACACGAGCGCUCUUUGCGUACCGACCUUCUCAUCGCCAAUCUCAAAACGAUUCAACAACAACGGAAUGAACCAGCUAAGGGAAAGGGCAAAGAAAAAGAGAAGGAAAAGCUAAAGAUCAUCAUCAUGAGUGCCACUCUCGAUGCGGAAAAAUUCGGCAAGUUCUUUCCUGGUUCAAAGAUCAUCUACGUUCAAGGUCGCCAACAUCCUGUCACAAUCUACCACUGUGCACAGAGUCAAGUUGAUUACGUUGACUCUGCAUUGAGGACGUUCUUCCAGAUCCACACAGAUCAACCACCUGGAGACGUCCUCAUAUUUCUACCGGGCCAAGAGGACAUAGAGAGCUUAGAAAAGUCAAUACGACUAUACGCCAACCAACUACCUCAUGGUCAACAAGAAGUUCUGAUAUGCACCAUGUACGCAUCCCAAGCUCCCGGGCAAAACGCAAAAGUCUUCCACUCUACGCCACCCAACACGAGAAAAUGUAUAUUGGCAACCAAUAUUGCUGAAACGUCUAUUACGAUACCAGGAGUAAAAUAUGUAAUCGACACAGGCAAAUGUAAAGAAAAGCGAUACCUAGCGAAAAAUACUGGCGGUGGAUUUGAUACCCUAAUGACCAGAGAUAUAACCAAAUCCUCCGCCAUGCAAAGAGCAGGUCGUGCAGGACGAGAAGGACCGGGUUUCUGUUUCCGGUUGUACACCGAAGAUUCCUUCAAGAAUAUGGCGACGUCUGCUGAGCCAGAAAUCUUGCGUUGUGGCUUGACGUCUCCCAUGUUGCAGCUCAAAUGUUUAGGUCAAAGCCUGGAGACAUUGGAUCUCAUGGAUAGGCCGGAUAUAGACUCAAUGAUAUCAGCAUUGAAGACACUCUACCUGAUUGGUGCCCUUGACUCGACAGGAGAAAUCACCGAGAUCGGAAGAGACAUGGCUGCGUUUCCCCUAGAACCCGUGUACAGCCGUGCUGUCUUGGCCUCGAAGGAGUACGGCUGCACAAACGAGGUAUUAACGGUCAUCUCCGUCCUCUCAGCUUCCUCCAAGGUCUUCGUGGAAUCUUCCGAGCAGAGAGACGCUGUCGCUGAAGCACGGAGAAAGUUCAAACACGCAAGUGGCGAUCAUCUCACCAUUUUGAACGUUGUACGCGCCUAUAACGAUGUCGCUCUCUCAGAGAAUAAGAGUGGGAGGAGAGAGUGGUGUCGGAAACAUUUCCUGAAUGAACGUGCGUUGUUGGAGGCUAUUGAUAUCAGAGAACAGUUGCAGCAUACCUGUGAGAGACUGGGGAUUGAUUGGAAGGUUAGUUGUGGAGAGAAGGAAGACCCUGUAAUUCAGAGCCUUGGACAUGGAUUGGUAUCAAAUACGGCUUUCUUGCAGCCAGAUGGGUCGUAUAAACAGACGAUGGGGCAUUCGGCUGUCAAAAUACACCCAAGCUCAACUCUUUGUGACAAGAAAGUUCCGACUAUUGUUUACGACGAAGUGGUUUACACCAAUCAAAUCUAUGCUCGUGGGGUGUCCAUCAUCAACAAAAGCUUCCUCGCUGGUCUAGGCUCGCUCAAAGUUCGACAGGCUUAACUUCGUACGCUUAAACGGCCGAAGGGUCGUGCCCAAG